GUUAAUGACGAAGUAGACGUCGUAUAGAUAACUUGUGGUGCAAUUCUACUCUAAAUGUAUAUAAUUUAUUCAAAAUGUCACAAAAUAUAAAUAACAUAACUGCGAAUCCUCGUGGAAGUAAUAUAGAUGAAAUACAAAUUAGUAAAAUACGAAACUUGAAGAUUAAUGAAGAUAUCGAGUUUGAAGACGCUUUAGUUUUAACAGGCUUCGGCAAGUACAACUACAGAUUGUUGAUUCUCAGCAUUUACUCAUUGCUGGCCGCUAUUGCAGAGGUUUUUAGCGUUGGUAUCAUCGUAGCAUCGAGCCAAUGCGACUUGGAGCUCGGCGUGUUUGAGAAAGGAAUAAUCGGCUCCGUGCCUAUCUUGGGUGUAAUAGCGAGUGCUCACUUCUGGGGCUACCUCGCCGACACCAGAGGUCGCCUCUACACCCUCCAUAUUACUAUAAUCGGCACAGCUGUUUUUGCCUUCUUAUGUAGUUUUGCUAAUCAUUGGAUAUUUCUGAUGGUAGCUAAACUGUUUUCUGCUAUAUUUGCAUGCGGCACGAAUGCCGUUAUAUUUUCUCUGCUUGGAGAGAGCACGCUGCAGACCCACAGAGCGCGGUUCCUCCUUUACGCCACAACGGGCAUUAUGUCCAGCCAAGCUAUUAUCUGUGCGGUAGCAUACCCAACACUUCAACUCAGUUUCGCCUUCUACAUACCGUUCCUCGACUUCUUAUACCGGCCGUGGCGUCUGCUGAACCAAGUCAUUGCUCUCCUCAGUAUCCUCAACUAUUUCCUUCUAAAAUGUUAUAUUCUGGAGAGCCCUAAGUUCUACGUUUCAAAAGGCGACCAUGACAAGGGCCUGGAAAUAUUGAAGCAGAUGUUUGCUGUGAACAGUGGGCGAAACAAAGAUGAAUUCAGCGUAAAGCAAGUCGUUCUAAAUGAAGACGAAAACAAAACGGAAAGCUCGAACUUUUUCCAAUCAGUAUGGAAUCAAACGACGCCAUUGUUCAAUAAGAAGCACCUCAAGAAUACGCUGCUUAUUUUUGGAAUAAGUGUACCUACAUAUUGCAUAUGUCCUCCGUUCUCCGUGUGGAUGCCGUAUAUAUUCAACAACUAUAAGAACUUGGGGGAGCCCGGGAUGAGUUUCUGCGAUAUGUUUAACGUUCAAACUUACUCAGGGAACGAGACUACAGUUACUGAGGCAGAUUUGGUUUGCGAUGACACCAUAGUUCCAUUCACGUUCGCCGCCAUCACCGGCUUCGCGUGCACAAUCACCGUCGUCUCUAUCAUCAGUGUUUUCAUCGUGAAGUACAUCGGAAAGAAAUGGACCUACAUCGGCUUCCACUUGCUCGCGACUACGCUCGCCGCGAUCAUCGACUUCGUGCCCAUCGAAUGGGGCGUCGUGGCGUUCGUCGGCAUGAUGUGCAAUGUGGUCUGCAUGGGCAUCACCACCAGCUACGCUGUUGAACUGUUCCCUACGUAUAUGAGAGCUAUGGUUGUCGGGCUAUCAAUGAUGUUCGGUCGUGGAAUAUCGUUUAUUUUCUUCAACAUCAUUGGAGGACAACUGAUGAAUAAUUGUAGCAACUUCUUUUUAUAUUUAGCAGUGUUCUUAUUCGCCGGUGCCUCCCUUGGGCUAUUUCUGCCAUCGGACAAAAAAACAACCGAAAAGGAAUCCGACGACGUUUCAUCCUAAUGUUUCACGAUAAACUCCAUAAUGUCUUCUGUACCCCUAGUGUAAAUUUGACAGACAUCAUAACGUGACGAACGCGUUUGCGUUAAGUCUCAUUUUGUAUAGGAUUUUGAGUUUCCAAAACGUCCCGCUUGGCGCGCUCUUUCUAAAUCCAAUACAAAAUGAGACUAAACGCAAACGUGUACGUCACGUUCCGAAAUCGAAUUUAUUUACACUAGGGGUACUGUACUGCAGUUAGAUAACGCACUCAUUUUGACGACCACAAGUAAAAUAAAGGGUUGGAGGUUAGAUUUUGGUCAUUUAAAACGGGACCCUGUUACUAAGACUCCGCUGUCCGUCCGCCUGUCCGUCUGUCAACAGGCUGUAUCUCGUGAACCGUGAUAGUUAGACAUUUGAAAUUUUUAUAAAUGAUGUAUUUCUGUUGAUGUAACAACAAAUACUAAAAAGUAUGGAAACCUCGGUGGGCGAGUCCGACUCGCACUUGUCCGGUAUAUUUGAGUUAGUUUUAAUUAUAUUGGUUUAUUUUAUAAGUUGUUAUAAUGCUUGUAACUUAAAUGUAGUUUGUAUAUACAUUAUUUAAUAAUAAAUGUAUACAUUUAAAAUAAGUAUAAUAAAAUUAACAAUUAAGUUAAUUACGUA